AUGCUGAGUCAUCAUUCCUCUGCAAAACGCGAACUUUCCGCGAACUUCAAAAUAAGAGAGCUCUCCUCAAGCUUGCGCCAGUCGUCAUCCAACCGCCGUACCCCAGCAGCCAGCAGCGUUUCAAUUCGGCUUAUCGCCCUCAACCUGGUCGGAACCGUGCCCGCUACUUUGUCGUCUACAAUGCCUCCGCCGCUUGAAUCUUCGAGCGAAGACGAAUCCGGCGGCGAAUCAAUCCCUUUUAAAGAUCCCACUCAAGACACCAAAGAACCUGAUAGAAGCGCCGAUGAUAACGAAAGUGAAUCUGGGAGUGAGGGCGAAGGCGACGAUGUCUACGUCGUGGAGAAGAUUGUAAACCAUGAAUUCGGCAAAGGCGGAAAACUAUUAUUUCAGGUCAAAUGGAAAGGAUACGAUAAUCCCGAGGACUUGACGUUAGAGCCUGAAGAAAACCUGAGCGGUGCACCGGACGCUCUACAAGAAUACUUUACAAUAAUAGGCGGACGCCCAGAGAAACCGACCCGGAAACGGAAGUCGAUGGGAGGGGGCACGACACCUAAGCUGGCGACUAAGAAGGCCAAGAAGUCGCUUGCGUCUAUGAACGGAACUCCAGACACUGUAGAAGGCGCCGAUUGGGUUCCAAAAUCAAACAACUGGGACAAGGAGGUCAGGUCGGUCGAAACUAUUAUUCGCGACGGCGACAAUUUAUACGUGCUUUUACACUGGAACAAUGAGAAGAAAGCAAAGGUGUCAUUAAAGCAAUGUUACGAGAAAUGCCCACAGAAGAUGUUGAAGUUCUACGAAAAUCAUCUUGUUUUCAGGGAUGAAUAGAGUUCGAACCACGCCAAUUGAACUUUAUACGGUGAUAUGUUUCCAUCCCGAGAUGUCUCACUUCAUAAGGACUUUGAAUGAUGAAGCCGAAGCCAUCGGCUGUCGGGGCACUCAAGCCGUACCCCCGCGGUGUCGCCGCACCUAAAGCAGUUGUGAAGGCCGGAAUUUCCCUUGCGAUGUCAUAGGCCCCUGGCAAGAAGCUGACAGAAAGCUUGUGUUAUUGGCGUGAUUGAUUCGCUUCGUCGCUUUAUCGCUUCGAUCUUUCCCAUCUUCUUUUAAUCAGCUUGCAACCCGACUUCAGGAUGUUUAUUUCCUUUCUAAAUUUAAGGUUGAUAUUCGUUAUGGGAGAGCGUUAAACGAAGGUAAAAUCCUUCGUAUAUUUUUGUUUUGUAUCGUUUUACGCAGUCAUCGCCAAUGAUUUUGUAUUUGUAGUUGAGCCUUUUAACCUGAGGCGAAUAGGACGUUUAUGACUUUGUCAACUUUCUCCUUCCUUCGUGGGUGUUAUUUCGCAACACAUACUUUGGACCGAAGCCGAGAAACAUACCCAUACGGGCUAUCGAUUAUGGAUGUAUGUACACGGAUUUCGCUUGCCAACGUCAAAAUACCAGCUAAAGGUUAUGGGUCUUUUUCCUCUGACAUGAGCUGUCGCACCGUAUUCAGGUAUUUCCCACGAAUAUCGAAAUUUUCUGUACCAUGCUUCUCCUCUAAUUUCUUUAUGUCGAUGGAAUCGCUUGAGUCAUGAAGGCUAUCAUCUUCCUCCGUCCAUAUUCCAGGAAUAUUGUUCGGGAUGCCUUCGCCAUUGUUCAGAUGAUCAAGUACCUUAUCAGCCAAAUAGGGAUUCAUGGAUGUACACGAAAGAGCUUGGAUGAUCUGCCCUUUGUCUUUGGCCCUUCCGGUGUGGAGCCUUGAUUCAAUCCAUUGAUCAAGCUCUUGGAUUUCUUCUUUCUCCUUUUCGGUUAUUUCUUCGGAAUUGGACUGUUCCUCUUCCUCCUCCGAGACGCGUGGGAGCGUUGGAUAGAGAAGGCUGUUGACGUCGUUCACAUGUUGCUGCAGAUUGGCAAAGAUAUCUUGGGUGGAUUGUUCUUGCGGUGCUGUUUCGUAAUCCCCGUUGGACUGUGAGAUGCUUUCACUUAUUUCUAGAGGCGCCGACGCGCCCGAGGCCAUAGGAAUUGGUUCGAUAGGGGAUGGGGAAGUUUGGACAAUGUCACCAAGGGCUGAUAUAUGGACGGAAGGCUCCCGGAUAUAGUCGGUGGCUCGUCUUCUAGCCCCGUCGACCCUGUCGUAGGUUGACGCUGACGGUGAGACCGUGGCUGUUUCCAUUCCUAUUGUACGUCGCCGUUUUAUGACGCUCUCGGCUGACUGCUCCUCUGCAGAAUCUUGGGCGUCCGAGAUGAUCCGCUUUAGAGAUGUCGUUGUGGAUGCAGUGAUGUUGGUUUCUGUUAG